AUGUCGGAUGCAAACCAACAGGCAGAUUGGCUGGCCAGGCUAUGCAACAACACUGCCCCUCCUACCCCUCGCACCAAACAAGACCUUGUUGCAGCCGGGAUCCUGCUGCCAUCUUACGACACGCACGAUGCCUUUGUGAACAACGUCGCUAUUGUUGCCGCGACAUUGUAUUGCUGGGAAUACAUCAUGACGGUGCCAUCCGAAAUCCAAAUCUACUUUUCAAUACCUUGGACCGCCCCUCAUCUCGUACUUUUCGUACUGAUGCGAUACUCUACACUGAUCGCCAUCACUCUCGGCCUAUAUGCGACUUGGCAUCGGCAGCACGGCCACUGUAUUGCAUAUAGUGAGGUUGCUACAAUACUAGUCCAGGUCUCGGUCUCAGCUGUGCUGGGUUGGCGUACGAUUGCAAUCUGGCAGAAGGAUGCACGUAUCAUUGUUAUCAUCGGCCUCCUUCUCACCACACUCAUGGUCUUUUCCUCCCUACUCGUGCUCAGCAUGAAGUCGGAAAGGCUAGAAAACGGAGAAUGCGUGCUCGUCGAAAACGGCAACUACGAAUCCUUCCCACUUUAUUGGUUCUAUGCUGGUACGGUGGUCUACGAUACGCUCGUCAUCGUGCUGAGUACCUAUCGCCUCUGGCAGCAUCACAACGACGUCGGUGUCUUUCCCGGAGCCAACGUGGAUGACACGAGCAAGGGCGGCAUCGGGUGGGCCCGUUGGAUGCAUUCGCAAUGGAACAGCAUCACACCUCUCCUCUUUCGACUGACAUCCAACGGCGUCUUGUACCUAGCCUUUUCCACCGGCUUUAACGUCGUUUGCUUCCUCAUCGGCCAUUGGAACGAAGCUCGGGCGCAAGAUAUGAUGCUGCUAUGGUCGUCGGUCAUGUGGGUCGUCUGCCAGCGUCUCGUCUUGCUGGAGAUCAGAGCAACGUGGGGAGAUCGACCUGGAGCUAUCGGGCUCAGGUCCAAGGGUGUAUCCAACAGCGAGACAGACGGAUUGAUCGUACAAAUAUUGCAAUCCUCCUGGGCUUGCAAGACUCCACUUGCGAACAACAACGGUCAACAAGUAGACACUUCAAAGGAAGAAAGAGAUCCAGAAAUAGUACUAAGCCUGUCCGUAGACAGCUGUCUGAAAGCAGCACCAACGCAGUGUUGCGGAGGAGGAGCUCAACAGCGUUCAUCACAAACGCUUGCAAGAGUUGAGACAAGGCAAACUUCAACUGGACAGCCAUCUAUCAGAAACAUGGGUUUGGAAGAAUCAACAGUCCAACAGCUUCACGACUUUCGACCUUGUAUACCCGGGGAUAGCUACGACGCAUUAGGGUCCAGGUCAAACGUCAACUCUGAACGCAUGACCACCGUGGAUGGCGACUUGUCGACGAGUGCAUUGAUCACUCAAACCAACGAGACAUCCAUCGAGGAUAAGCGGAACAGUGGUUUUCGAAAUCGACUCGGAGCGCUUCGUAAUACAAACAGCUCCAACAAGAUUCUCGCCACCCUAACCAAGUCGUCACGUGAAGAGGGCGUGAAUGUCUCGAUUGCUAACUCAGAAGCUGCACCACCUUGUUCCACCUCGAACGCAAUUGACCAUCCUCUCAUGGAUGUAUCUCAUCCCACACCUACCGCUCGGCCGCAACGAGACUCGACCUCGUCUAAAUUCUUGCGCAUUUCACAAGCCUUCGAACGUAACGGCAAACUUGGUGCAACUGCACCUGAUACCUCUCUUCGUUACUCAACAAGCACUGAAGGAAAACUUCAACGAUGCAACUGUGCAAGGUCAACUUUCACUACCGAAACAACCGUUGUGCCAAGAGGAAAAGAGGAAGAGUUCCAGAUGAACAAGUCAGGUAGUACAGGAGAUGUGAUAUCAAGUUUGGAAAUUGCACAUAUGUUAGCCAAUAUGUCCGAUGAUGCUAAGUCCACUGCUUUAGCUCUUGCAGGUAUGGAAAAUACUUCUCCCUUGCCAUCUGCUUCUUCAUUCACUUCUGCCAUUCGAACAGAGACAGAAAGACCUAGGUGGAUCAUUCACCCUCCGCUCAUGUGA